AUGACUCUAGCUCUUCACCUAGUGGAUAAUGUCUGUAAUUCUUUCAUGUCCAGAGACGCUCAGAUGAAGAUGAUGGAGGCAACUGUGAGUAAUGCAGAAACAUAUCUAGGUCAUUUCUGCUUGCUGCUUGCCUCCUACACUCGAAAGACGGCCAAACUUCGAGACAAAGCCGACAUGCUAGCGAGACAACUUCAUGACUAUGCCAGCACAGAGGAUCCAGAACUGAGCAUCUACAUGAAGAACUUCUCUGAAGAUCUGGCCAUGGUGCAAGACUACAGACAGGCGGAGGUAGAGAGGCUUGAAACAAGAGUAGUCGCCCCUCUGAAAGCAUAUGGUGAUAUAGUGAAAACUAAACGUGCCGUUCUGAAAAGGUUCAAUGCAGAUCGUAACAAAGAGCUAAAGGAACUACAGAGACUUGACAGGAUCAAGCAGAAUAACCCAGGAGACAGACAAAGCAUUUCACAGGCAGAAGUGAAUGUCCAGAAAGCCACCAUCAACACAGACAGAAGCACCAGACAGAUGGAAGCGACCAUCAUUGACUUCCAGAGACAGAAACUUGAGGACUUAAAAAAGAUUUUUAUGGACUUUAUUAUGGUUGAGAUGCUGUUUCAUGCUAAAGCACUGGAAGUUUACACACACACCUUCCAGAACAUGCAAACAAUGGACAUAGACAGAGACAUGGAGACUUUUAGGAACCGUAUCCACGUGACUGAUUCCUAUCUGAGUUCUCAGCCUCUGCAGACUUUGACAAUGAGCCGCUACCCCAGCCCUCCAUCCUCCCCACACAGAUCUACAGCAGAUAUACCUAAACCACCUUUGAGGAGAACUUUGCCCAAGCAGACAGAGACUAAAUAUGAAGAGGAAGAAGAGGAAGAAGAUGAUGAGACAUAUGUGUCUGAGGAGGAAGAGGAACCCCACACAUUCAGACAAUCUUAUGCUGCUGAAUAUAUUAAAACUCAGAGAUAGAAACAAAGUCUUUACAAAUACGGUUGUGAGAGAAUAUGCACAAUGUUCUUCUUGGAACAUUUAGUCCUUAAGUCCUUAAUUCAGACACACCUGUUAUGCAUUAUCCUGUCUCCUAAAUCAUAAUUGAUAAACUAAUUUGUGUGACUCUCAAAUAAACAUUUUUCAAUGUGAUAAUAAAAGCUGAGUGAUGAUAUAAACUGUUUUGUACAACCCCAAUUCCGAAAAAGGAGUUAUCUGUAAAUUCGAUUCACCCUGUGCUACAGCAGAUUAUUUGAUGUUUUACCUUGUGAAUUUAAUUGUUUUAUUUUUUAGAUAUACACUCAUUUGAAAUCAACACACUCCAAUUAAGUUGUUUUUGAAAUUGUAUAUUUAUAUAUUUUAAUGCAUCUGUUUAUUUAAUAAACAUACAUUGCUAAAUAAAUGGGGGAAAGAACGUUUCAUAGUUAGCAUAACGUCUUCUCUGAAGGGUCUGAAGGGGCUGACUGCACGCCACUGCUAUAUGGAGAAAGACAAACCUCUCAAACUGAUAUCCCCUACAUUAUCAACAGCACUGUCGAGGUGAAGAGGAGACAAAUAGUCCUACAUAUCAUCAGUUUCUAAAAUACACAUCAUCAUUCUUACUAAAAGGUUUAUAUACUAUAUAUAUAUAUAUAUAUAUAUAUAUACUGUAGGAACACUAACUGGUAACUUGAACAGAUUCAUAUUAAAUCUAUCAGGGCAAAACUUUUACACUUUAUUUUUAUUACAACUGUGAAAGUUGUAGUUAAAGGUUUCUAACAGUGUUUAGGCUGUUAGUAUUUUUAUAACAAAUACUAUAGUUUUUAUUUUAGAAAAGACUAUAAACAUUAACCUAAGCUCAUAAUGUGGAGCCAUCCAUGGUCUUAACAGUGGUAAUGGCCUUAUCAUUACAAAUGCCACUGUUAAACAAUACAGAACAAUGGUAAACUUAAUGAAGGGGU